CGUAACAUGGUGGCCAUCGAACCGUCGCGUUGGUGGUGUUGGUGAUGCCUCCAGGGGUAUAUAUACGACGAGCGCUGCGGGGCUUGAUAAACACUUGCCCAUCAGCGAUUACCGCCGCAGCAUGUACACGUCAUUGGUAGCCUUGCUCACGCUGGCGGUGUGCGCCCUAGCGGCCCCCGCCGAGGACGUGAUACCGAUCGUCAGCCAAAGCCAGGAGGGCCCGAACCCGGACGGCUCGUACAAGUGGAACUACGAGACUGGCAACGGUAUCAAGGCCGAGGAGGAGGGCCACGUGGAGGACGCCGGCAGCGAGAACGAGGCGAUGUCCGCACAGGGCGCCUUCAGCUACCCGAGCGACGACGGCCAGGCGAUCUCGCUGACGUACGUAGCCGACAAGAACGGUUUCCAGCCGGUGGGUGCGCACCUGCCCACUACGCCGGAAAUCCCGCCGCUCAUACAGAAGGCUCUCGAGUGGAACGCGGCGCACCCGUCCAAGGAUGACGAGAACCAGGUGUAAGGACCGGCGCCGCCGUCCACCCAUGUGAUCUCACGACCUCACGUAAUUAUUCACGCCACAAUGGAAGACGAUCCACGGUACAUACCGAUCGAACCGGAUAACGAUGAUGACGAUGAUGAGUGUUGCCGCCGACCGCGAAAGUCCUCGCCCCGCCCAAACGAACGACCGAACACGGACUGCUCUGGUUCAAAUUGUGUUGUAAAUAUUUAUUGUACGCCUAUACGAUAUGCUCUACAUAUACACAUAUAUAUAUAUAUAUAUAUAUACGUUGCAU